ACAUUUAUUGACAAUUCAAUUCCACCAUUCACACCCAACAUUUCCCUUUAAAGGUAUCACCUGCGGAUAACUCAAUUGGGUCGUCAAAUAUGAUAUCCGCCUCGUCUCCCGUUAUUUAUCCUGCUAGCUCCUCUCCAGUGGCAGCAGCAGUAAAGCGCACGAAACCUCAUCCCGAUCCAAACCCUCGAUCUCGUGCGAAGACUGGCUUCCUCGUUGACGAUGACUCCGACGACGAUGAUUUGCUACAGGAGCCAGCAACCAAAAAACGAAUGCUUAGUAGUCCCAGCGAUCAAGCAGUUAUAGGAUAUACCGAGCCGUCUUCCACCCCUCUAGCAGUUCCAAAUUUUAACACCGAGGAAGUUGGUUCGACAUCCUUGGUCAUAGCUUCGCAGCCGAAAGAGUACGAGAAUAGGAGCCAGCCCUCUGUAACGACCACUUUUUUUCAGUCGAGCAAUGUAUCCUCUAUCUUCGACCGAUUUGCCUCUCGUCAAGCGCAAAGCACAUUUAAGAUCACUACCUGUUCGGGCAACAUAGUCGACAUUAAACAGCGAAAGGCUGGUCCUGGUGUGUCUUUUGAACGGAUAGUCGCUGCACGAUCGAAAACGAAAGAGGGCCGGGCGAAAAGGAGUUACUACGGCAUCGAAAUCCACGAGUUAAUAGACGCCGCUUCCAAGGAACUCAGCAACAAGCCCCCGGCCUCUAGUACGGUACCGGACCAACCGACGCCUUCCGUGGAAGCCGUCAAGAAGCCGAAGAAGUCGCUUUUAUGGACUGAGAAAUACCGUGCGAGGAACUUUAUGGAUUUAGUUGGCGACGAUCUCACGAACAGGCAGGUUCUACGCUGGUUAAAGAGAUGGGAUCCAAUAGUAUUUCCGGGAACAGCAAAAUCGAGGUCUACUCUGAGAAGACCAGGCGGAAAAGCAGAGGCCGAGGAAGAAAAGCCGCACCGGAAGAUUUUAAUGCUGACUGGUCCUCCCGGACUGGGGAAAACUACGCUGGCUCAUGUCUGCGCCAAGCAGGCAGGCUAUGAAGUAAUGGAGAUUAAUGCUAGUGAUGACCGCAGCCGAGAUGUUGUUAAAAACCGGAUUCGCACUAGUUUAGGGACGGAAAACGUCAAGACCAUACAACAGAACAAGCUCCAGGGUGGAAAACAACAGAAGAUCGCACGUCCGGUGUGCGUAGUGGUUGAUGAAGUUGACGGUGUUGUGGCCGGCUCUGGUGGUUCUGGAGAAGGUGGUUUCAUCAAAGCCCUGAUGGACUUGAUUACGAUCGGAGAGAAAAAUGCAUCGGGACAAGAGAAUACGGCUCAACAGUCGGGGCGUCGUAAAAAGAAGGGCGACGACUUUCGUCAAAUGCGGCCUCUAAUCUUAAUUUGCAAUGAUGUCUAUCACCCGUCUCUCAGGCCCCUACGACAAUCGAAUCUGGCUGAAAUUAUUCACAUGGGAAAACCCACCAUUGACGCAGUUGUGACUCGCCUGAAGACAGUAUUUGAAAAGGAGGGCAUUCCCUGCGAAAAGGAUGCAGCACGGAAAUUAUGCGAAGCGGCGUGGGGCAUGAGUAGCGGUAUAGAUGCAAAGAAAGGUGCCGAGAGCACAGCAGAGGGAGAUCUACGAGGUAUUAUGGUCGUAGGUGAAUGGGUUGCUGGUCGUGUUAGAUCCGCAUCUCUCAACGGCCCGCUGUGUUUAACACGGCAAUGGGUGGAGCGGAACAUUGUCCAUGAUCUGUCCCACGGCGGUGGUGGUGCGAGAGGCAUAGGGCGUGGUAGCGUGAGGGAUAUCGUCACGCGCAUCUUCCAAGAUGGCGCUGGAUUUCCGAAGAAUAAUGUCCUCAUCGCAGCUCCUUUGUCGAAACACCACAGCGAGCAGCCACAAGCACAGCUUGGCUUCUCGGAGCAGCAGAAGAAGUAUGGAAUGGAGCGCCUGAGGCAGAUGGUCGAAACCAGUGGCGAUGUGGACAGAGUAAUGACCGAAGUCUUCCUAGACUAUCCGAAUCACGAGUUCAAUGACGACUCGUUCCUAUCUAAACCGGACUGCGCCUACGAAUGGAUGCAUUUCCACGAUACGUGUUCGUCAAGAUUGUUCGGAAGCCAAGACUGGGAGUUAGUUCCCUAUCUUAGCCAACCUAUCCUCGCGUGUCAUCAUUUAUUCGCAGCGCCCAUUCGACGUGCCAAUCUAGCUUACGAUAGAAAAUGGGGCGCUGCUGAUGCAGAUGAUGAGGCCCCGCCGUUGCCUUUCUCGGGUCCGAGGGCAGACUUCGUCGCGCGCGAGACCGAGAAGGAAAAUCGCGCAGUACUCCAAGCGAUGCAAGCCCAGCUACCCCCGACGCUCAUGCGCUCUUUCCGCAGUCCCGAGGAUAUUGCCACUGAUUUCCUCCCAUAUCUUAUUCGUAUGGUGUCUCCGGACGUGAAACCCGUGGCUGUUGGAGGUAGUGGGGAUCAGCGGAGCACAGCCAGCGUCCGGAAAGAUACUGAGAAAGCCAUGGUAAAGCGGGCCGCUGACGUGCUAGCUGAGGUCGGAAUUGAGCUUCAAAAGGGGAAGAUCGAGAGCGAUUCCCCCUUUAGUAGAGGCCCUCAGUGGGUCUACCGCAUGGAACCUGAUCUCGACGUCCUCGCUACCUUUGAAACGUCCGCAGCCGUCGUCCACGGCACGCAAGCCCCGACGCGCUACGCCGUACGGCAGGUGCUGGAUCAAGAACUACAAAAAGCCAAACUGCAGCGAGAAAAUCUAGCGCGACAGGCGCGCUUCCGGGGCGGCGGCGGCGGCGACCCGCAUGCCGCAGCGCCAGAGGAGAAGGCGUCUCUGAUCUUCGCCGGCAAUAACAACAAGGAAAACAAGGGCUCCAAGAUGGCGGCGCUUCCCAUCCUCGGCGUCAAGAAGGACUUCUUCGGGCGGGUCAUCGAGAACGCGGAUGUCCGCGCUCUGAAGGAGACCAAUGUCAACGGUAGGCCGAGGAGCAGGGCCGGCGGAGACGGGGCGGCUGGGAAGGGCGAGCCUAAGGUCUGGGUUACGUUUCAUGAAGGGCUGAAUAAUGCCGUGAGGAAACCGAUCUCGUUGGAUGAACUGCUUAGAGGGUUAUGAUAGGUAGGUGGACAUCUUAAGGGCUUGUCUACCUAGGUAGAGGUAAAUAAUAGUGAUAGGGGUUGACGUGUAAAUGAUUUUGGGGGUCUUAUGAUAUGGCUUUGGAUGAGGGAAGGGGGCAUGCGUAUGGCGUUCAGGUCGUAAUGGUUAUCCUGCUAGGCACCUAAGGUACAUAUCAAAUGUAUCAAAUGCAGCCCAGCGCCUUUUAUGAUUGAUUGCGUUUAGGACUCUAUUCUCCAUUUCGUAAAGGCGCAUUAGUGUUUUCUAUAAUUGUAUCUUGCUUGAUGCGGAGCAAUAGUGAGCAUGUGUACCUAAGGUAGUGGGUGAAGGGGAGAGAUGCUAGAUAAAAUAUAUACAUGGACUACCCAGACGUAAAUAAUAAAGCAAACGACCAAGGGAGUAGUAACGUUCGCAUUAGUAUGGUGUUCUGUUCAUGGGGAAAUCGUUCAAUUACAUAUCUCUUGACAUAAAACAUUGCGUCUCGUAAGGCAUAACUAACUCCGCAUCCUAUUUUCAUCAAUAACGCACCAGGUUCGAUUAGAGAGCAAAGGAAAUCGCAACAACCACCCGCCCCCCCCUCCCGUUAGGCUAACCAACCAACCAACCAAUCAAUCAAUCAUUGCUUAGCUUCGGCCUCUUCAUCCUCCUCUCCCAUCUCCUCCAAGACCUUGCGGAACACGUCCGCC